UCACGUCGCCGUCCUUGCCCGCCUUGGAAUCCUUCGAGGAUUUCGUUUGUUGUGGUGUGCCUGGUGUCUGCCGGCAAAGGUCAUGUUGUAGGCCAAGGGCGACAGCCGAGGGAAUGACCUGCUGCUGCAGCCACCUGCAUGCACCACCCACAAAACGCCCUGCUUUAUUCACUCACCGCUUGCUUCUCGUUGCAUGUAAGCACUCAUUGUUACGUCUGCAGUGGAUGAUAAUCUGGCUCCACUUGCCGUCGCGGCACACCACACGGUGCGCCGCUCGGGCAGCGCCGUGUCUCCGCCGUUUCGUCUCAUCACGGCAGCGGACAUACCGCACAGCCCCGUGAGAGAAAUACCGCGUCAGACGGCCUGUGGCGUCUGGUUGCAUCAUCUGUCUGCGGUCGAUGUGCGUCUCGGGCGCGUCAUCGUCGGGGCUGAGUGAGACGAUGUAUGAACUGGUGGAUGGAUGUGAUGGUGAUAGGUGCUCCUCCAUUGUGUGGUCAAAGGGCGGGCACAGCUCUGGUGACGGUCAGAGAAGACAGUGACAUGACCGAGCUGGUCUGAUGUUUGUUGUGGGGGGUACUGUGGCAGUGAAGAGUGACAACGUCGAAUCGCCCAUCAUUGCAUGUGAUUAUCUGCUGCUCCGGGGCACCGAACGCCACGCUGAAGCCAUCUGAGAAGCGACACAGCUGUUCGCUUCGUUUGCUAAGUGUCGGUUUCUUCCUGCCUACCUGCACAUGCGAUCUUGAGCGUUUCGCCGUGUGCAUGCAUGCCCUUGACCACCUCGCCAUCGGCCGCCGUCACUCCCGGUGCCAGUGUGUCAUUGAAUGGGUUCGGACACAUGGCUCUGCAUUCGAACGACCUUGGCGACCAGUGGCCGUCAGUGCACACGACCGUCUCGCACAAGGACGAGACACCGACCCGCCCACCUGCACACGGCACGCUGCUGUGCCACUGGCUAGGCGCCACACUUGGAGAGUAACCAUCCUUGCAGCCCACCAUCACACAACUGCCUGCUUGACACGUGACAAGCAGGCAGUCCGUCGUGCAUCGUGGUGUGGAAGGUGUGAGUGUCUCACCGUGCUCUGGUGGGCGAGGUAGAGUGUCCAUGCCGGUCUCAUUGCUUGUCUGUGUACAGCAGGAGGUGCUUGAUUCUGUCUCAACACUGUUGUCUGGCAGGUCAUCAAGUAUCCGGAUGGUCUGGUGGGCAAAUCGGCGCUCGUCCAGCACAUCAGAUAAAGGGCGGCAAGACCCUGGCACAGCCACACGAACAAGGCGUCUUGUGAUGCCUGUGAGGCGAUAGUUCAUGUAUGAUGACUCACUGUGGCAAGAUAGAGACGGGUUUGGCAUGCUCCAGAGGCCGUCGAGACACUCCACCGUCCCAUGUAAGGCAUGGCCGGUGCUGUGGUAGCCUCGGGCGGCGUUGCAUUGGAGGACCAGACUCUCACCGCUCCAGUAUCCGUGUCCCCAACCGCCAUGUGUAUGUGAGUGACGACCACCGUGAGCAAUGGUGUACCGCUCUUGCACAGUGUAGUUCCUGCAUGGACCUGAUAAGAACAAAAUCUGAUGCAUCCAGGAGUUGUCCGAUUGUGUCUCUGCUCACGAAGACACUUGAUGUGCGGUGGGAACGGCUGCCAAUUCCCGCUGUUGCACGCGACACGGGCCACUCCUGGCUCUGCUGGUUCAGGCCUUGCGCGUGCAUGCUUGUUGCACGUGUACUCGACAGCGGUUCCGUGAGGGAAGGGUGCAUUCAUGAGGGACGUGUCCACUGUGUGGUUGUGCGGGCGGUGGCCAGUGAGGCGAAGUGAGUACAUCUCCGAGUGGCGGAGUGGCGGCAAGGGGCCGCAGGCUCCUGUGAUUCACAGCACAUAGACAGAGAACAGAGGAUGAUUAAUGUCUGAAAUAACAAAGUGACGUGCCUACUGAAGCACUUCAUCGGCACUUCUGUCCAUGCGCCCUGGUCGCACACAAUCUCCUGUGCAGUCAGCUUCGCCUCGAGUGAUGCUGUGACCGUGUGGCUAUGCCUUUCAGCGCAGCGGAUGCGGGCCACCGUGCCGUGGGGAUGUUUGUCAAAGUGAAUCAGCUCCUCCAGCAGACGAGGAGACGUGAUCUCCUCGUCAGCCUCUCCAUUGGCGCGAGCCACCUCUUCCUGCCCCUCUAGCUGGGCCAGCGAUGUUGUUGGUCGCCUGAUGGCCACCAACUCAUAUGCAUUGGGGGGAAGGAGAGAGGGGAUGGCCGGGCACUCGACUGAAUGGCGACAUGGGGGAAGAGAGGCAGAUGUCAGUGUGUGUGGCUCACCAGCCUACCUGCGCAGAGUAUCGUCUGUGGGCUCCACUUGCCAUUGAGGCACGUGACGGUGUCCUCAGCCACACCUGUGGAAAUACCAUGGCGUUGUGUGUUGUGUCUCUUGUCGAUCCAAGCAAGUACCUUCAUCAGUAUUGCAUUUGAUGGCAGCCUUUGUGCCAUGCGGUGAGGGGCCGAUGAGCACCUCAGCUGGCUCCACAGUGUACACAGAGGACACUGGCAGAUCGCCAACGGGAAUGAGGGUCAGGUCCUCACAACUAGCUGAAAAGGACAAUGGGCAGCGGAACGCAUGACGGCUGGAAUCGUUGUAACAUGAUGCAUACGUGCACACGUCUUCUGAAGCGCAGUGUACUGCCCGUCAUGACAGGUAACGGUCUCCUCCUCCCCUGUGUGUCUGUACUUGGACCCACACAGAGAUACACGUCCAUGCCCACACUAGUCCACACAAACACACGGUCACCUGCAGGCGACGGUAAUGCUAAACCCGUGAGACGACGCACCCCGUGCGAGCAGCUCCUCUUGUGACCAGGGUUUGGUGAAAUAAUGCUCAUCAGACAGAAUGGGCCACGUCUCACAGUCAGCUGCUCACACACACACAGAGUGUCACGGUGCCUUCCUCCUCCCUAUGUUCCCACCCACCUUUGCACACGAGUCGCCUGUCGGUCCACUGGCCGUUUGUACAUUCGAUACGGUCGGACUGGGGCAU